CGCGUUACGUCUUUUGUAAUUUCCUUUUUUUCAGAAGGAAAAGCCGAUAUGACAAAUGUCAACAUAGACCAACAGUCUAUUGGAGGGACUUAGUUAAGCGAGUCGUAGUCUGGCAACUGAUAACAAAGGAAAUUUUUGUGUUUUUAUCCAUAUAAGGUUUUGUGUGUAUAACUGUAAAUGGAAAAUUUGGAAAAAAGAAAUAUUUAAAAGUGUUAAUUAAAAGAAAACUGAAGUUGUACGUGAAAAUGUUAUGCUUUAGAUGUGUUGAGAAAAUGAUGAAAUAUACUUAGGAAAUAAGUUUUGUUUAGAUUUCCUAUUUUGAACUAUAUCUGGAACCAUAUGUUUUAUGUUGUAUAUACACACUCACAUAUGUAUGGAUAUUAUCAUUCCAUAAAGUAUUCUCUAAAACUUGUUCCAUGAUUCCAAUAGACUAGCGCAUUGUUCUGUUCACGUGCCUCUGUUGCAGAAUUUCCUCAAAUAUUCAUUUGAAAACCGGAAUCCUAUGAUGAAUAUGGAAAAUAUGGGUCGACUACGCAAGCCGGCCAAUGCUGGUGGUAAUGAUACCCAACUUUUAUUGAAAUCUUCACCGAAUAUUUUGGAAAAUUUUCCCUACGAGGAUUUCAAAUUGAAAUUGGAUCGCUCGCAGCCGAAACGAAUGACGUCACCACCAAUACGCCACCAACAGACGACCUCACGUUCAAAGUCACCGCUGUUUUGUGACACUCUCGAACGUCAUGCCUUCAUGCAAAAUGUCAUUAACACGAAAUCGAAUACGCGCAGCAACUAUGAUGUCCGCUAUUCAUCGCCCAGCCAAAAGGAGGCCACUGUGCGCCGUAGUUUGGAAGAGAUUUCCAAAGACAUCAAGGAAAUUGAAGAUUUUCUAACGGUAACGGAACAGGUGCUGAAGCAGGAACGUGAAUUGGAUAUGCAAAUGGAAUUGGAACAGAAAAAGAAGCAAGGCAGCAAGGAUGGUAGUCCCAACAAGGAGAACAAAUCUCCAUCGCCCACGGGCAAUCGUUCGCGACGUAACUCCACCAAAUCGGUGACCUACAAAAUCAAUUCAUUUCGCAAUCGCAAAAAGAAAAACGGCUCCCCGAGAUUCCUAAAUUCGCGUUUGUAUUUUCGCAAUGGCCGUAUUGGCUGUUUGGAAGCCGAAAAUGCCACAUCCAAUGUGGAGAGUACCCAUGCCCUGGUAAAACAUAUUCUAAAAUAUGAAAAUGAAAAGCCCCUGGUAAGCCCGGAAAGUGUCAGGAGGGUGUUGAGUGCUGGACCCAGUGAUUCACCUCCCAUGACAGAGUCCAGGACACCAAGAAAACUGUCCGGCUUAAAUGCCAAUCAUACCACCUUACCCGGCCAAGUUUCAGAGAAUCCAAAUGGACGCGAGGAGUCCUUUGAAAUGCAACCUCUGCAGGAUGUCAUUUCGAAGGCAGCUGGUAAGGUUCUGCUAGAUCAUGGAGACUCGGGGGUACACAACUCGCCACAAACUGAAAGUUUUGGUUCCAACAGUCAACCCUUGGUGGAUGAAGAUGAACAGGAUGUUCAGAUAUGCUAUGACGAACUACCGGAAUUGCCCAAUGAGGAACACAAUAUGGGCGCUCUAAUGGAUAGUGAAAUGGACGUAAAUGAUUGCGAGAUACCGGCCCAUGUGAUAAUUAAUCGGCUCUCAAGUGCCGAUAGCUUGGAUUCAGAGGGUCAACAAUUUUUACGGGAUCAGGUGAGGCAUUUGGUGCGACGUUUUACGGCUAGAGCCAAUAAGAUGAAGACACGUCUCGAAAUGCCACCCACACCGAGUAGCAGUGCCUCAUCCCCCUCACCGCCACCACCAGCCAUCAACUCGAAGCCAAACUUCGCAUUGGCCUCCUCCAAGGGAAAUGAGCCGCCAGUGAAAAAGAAUCCAACACCUCAGCAAACCCCUAACAAAAAACCUCUCUUUGUGGCUGACACACCACGUUCUAAUGUCUGGCUUUGUUCCAGUCUUUGCAGCACCGAUGAUCAGAAGACACUUGAUCCCCAGGGAACCCUGUACAUUUCAUGGCUUUGUGUCGUCUCAAUUUCAUUUCUUUACAAUGCCUGGGUCAUUCCGUUACGUUCCACGUUUCCCUUUCAAACACCGGAGAAUACCAACACUUGGCUGAUUUUGGACUUCUGCGCCGACAUUGUCUAUUUGGUGGAUGUUGUGUUCUUCAAACAUCGCAUAAUGUAUCUCUUCGAGGGUUUUUGGGUUAAGGAUAAAAAUCUAACGCGAAAGAAUUACAUGAGGAAGUUGCAGUUUAAGUUGGAUCUGUUGGCCCUGUUGCCUCUGGAGUUGUUGUAUUUCAAAUAUGGAACGAAGGCGGUUUAUUUGCGGUUCCCACGUUUUCUCAAGAUUCAGAGUUUCUGGGAGUUCUUUAAGCUGUUGGAUCGUGUUAUUUCAUCGCCACACAUUGUCCGCAUAGCCAAGACAUUGUUGUAUAUGCUCUACAUGAUUCACUUGACGGCGACAUUUUAUUAUGCCUACAGCGUUUAUGAGGGUCUGGGAACCAAUCGCUGGGUAUUCAAUGGGAAAGGACAUCCGUAUGUUCGCUGUUUCGCUUUUGCCACAAAAACUGCAACGUCUAUUGGUAAAAACCCCAAACCCGAACAUGAGGGGGAAUAUCUGUUCAUGACCGCUGCCUGGCUAAUGGGUGUCUUUGUGUUUGCCUUGCUCAUUGGUCAGAUAAGAGACAUCAUUUCGACAGCAACCAGAACCAAAAACGAAUACCGGCAACUGGAAGAUGAAACCUUGGAGUAUAUGAGACGUUUGAAUCUACCUCAGGAAGUACAGAAAAGAGUCAAGAUGUGGUUUAAAUUCACCUGGGAUCAACAGCGUACCCUAGACGAGUCGAAUAUUUUGGAUUCUCUACCCAUUAAUUUGAAAACCGAUAUAGCCAUUUCGGUUCACAUACAAACUUUGUCCAAGGUGCAACUUUUUGCCGACUGUGAAGAAGCCCUGUUGCGUGAUUUGGUAUUGAAACUGAGAGCUGUAACCUUCCUACCCGGUGAUUAUGUGUGUCGCAAGGGCGAAGUGGGCAGGGAGAUGUACAUCAUUAAAUUGGGUCAGGUCCAGGUGAUGGGAGGGCCCAACAAUGACACCGUUUUGGCUACACUUUACGAAGGCUCAGUAUUUGGCGAGAUAAGUUUGCUGGGCAUCAAUGGAGCCGAUCGUCGUACAGCCGAUGUGAGAUCGAAGGGUUAUGCAAAUCUCUUUGUUCUCUCAAAAUCUGAUUUGAACGAAGUCAUUGCCUACUACCCCAAUGCCCAAUCCAUUCUGAAGAAGCGUGCUCGAGCUCUAAUGCGUAAGAAUGCGGCACGUGAGAAAGAGGAGAGGGCUCGCAGUGCUGAGCAGGCUGAUGUGGUUAUUGGAAAUCCGAAAACACCAGAAAAUCCUCCAAAACUUUUGCAAACCGUUAUACAAGCAUUACCCUACGAAUCGCCUGCUGUUAUGUUGAUAACUCGAGGCUCGAAACGCAUGCGCAAAAAGCGACAUUCCGUAAAAAUGGAAACAAUCGAAGAUCGUGAAGUGGAAGAAAUCAAUGAGGGCCAAAAUCAAAUUAAAGCCCGUGACAGUUUUAUGUUGCCUCGUGACUCGAAGUCCUAUUCGCCGGAUUUGUUAUCUUCAAUCCAAAGGGAAUUGGAAAGUAAACAUCAAUUCAUUAAUUUAACAGAUUCCGAAAAGGCCCUCAUCAUAUCCACCUCGAGCAAUGAUUCUGUACGGGUAGAGGAUAUUGAAGAGUAUGGAAAGUGAAGAGAGAGAAAUAGUAUAUAAAGGAUAGAGAAGUUAUUAAUGUUUACAUUUUAAUAGUAUUAAUCAUGUUAAUUGCCAAACACUAUUAUUCAAAAUAAA